AUGAACUCGUCGGCGGACACGUUUUAUCAAGCCCCAGACAGGUUCCAAUGGCCGCACGAGUGCACGCCGGAGAAAGCCUCGGAUAGCCUGGAGGACGAGGUUUGCGUCGGGCCGACCACGAAGAGCGUGUGCGACGACAUCGGCGGCAUCCGUAAGAUCUUUGCAAGCCUUGCGCAGACGUGCAAAAGCAUCACCGUGCCGAAAAAGUGCGUACAGACCGUCGACAGCGAGCGCACUGAGGAGCUUCUGAGACUGGAGCGCGAAGAGAACGCCCAGGUCUUCAACAAGACCGCCACGGAAACGCAACCCAUCGUGCAGACGGCCAACGACAAGGUCACGGAAAUCCUUAACCGCAUCCUCGUCCAGGUGGACAUCGCCUCUGAUAUCUACAUCGCGUACAGCAUCGUCGCGCUCAUCAUCGGCAUGCCGCUCAUCAUCUACAAGCGCGAAAAGGGCUCGCGCAUUCUCGGCGCCACUUUCGGUAUGACUAAACUCACCUUCAUCAUCGUCGUCGUCGUGUUCUUGUCCAUGUACGAGUCCUUCUUUCUCAUCAUGAAGGAGACAGACUUUGUGCGCAUCUUUCGCAAUUUUCGCAACGAUCCUUGCUACGUCGACGGCGACUUUUCGCGCCGCCGCGUCAACCUCAUCAUCCACACAUGCAACAACGUUACCCAACUGGCCACUAAUAGUACUUAUACACUUCAAGACAUGGACGGAGUUUACUUUACGACGCGUCGCUUCGCACUCUGCAAAGACGCCACGCGUGAGCCAAGUGCGCAUCCGCGCCAGGGCGACAUGGACUCGCUCCGACACAGCUACCGAGAUGGCGAUAAAAAGUUUCCUGGCUCGUGCAACGCCACGUAUCUCGACUCCGAAACGUCGACGGCUCCAGAAGACCCUGGUUUCUCCAAGUUGCAGGCACUGCUGGGUAGCGGGGUCGUGGCGCAACUGUUUCUCAAGUUUAUCGUCACGUCGUGGCUUGUGCACAUAAUGGCGUACUGCGAGCCGAUGAUCAUGCACAAUGGAAAGGUGGAGAUCUGGGACACCAAUAGAAAGCCAACGGAGGAGAAGGGUGGGGAAGAAAAGGAUGCGCAGGAGAUGCCACUGAACGAAAGGGAAGCUGCUUCGGCGACACGGUUUGCCAGGGAUAAGCAUUUGCUGCCGGCGAUUUUUAUGAGUAUACUGAUGGUGGGGGAGGUGGUGUUGAUCGCGUAUAGCAUGGUGGUGACGCACUCGGGGAGGAGCGACAUGCUGACUACAGCAGGGAAUACCGGUAUGUCGACGGCGUUCACUUGCCCGUUUCCGGCGACGUAGAGCCAGAGUUGUGUGAUGCUUCAUGUAAAUAUAAAUGAAAACAG